UUCUUUAUUCAACACACACACAAACCUACACAGAACAAUUGGUCUGAAUAGUGCAAUAUUUAUAGGAUUUUUUUUAUUGUUACUGGAUACAAAUCUGCAAGGAAGCAACUGGACGUUACUUUAAUCAUGACAGAAGAUAUCCAAGCUCCGACCAGUAUUAAUCGGAACAUGUCUUCUGAAAAACCUCAGCUCCAGGUCAUUGAUAUUAUUGAUCAACUAGCUAAUUCUUCUGAGAUACGUCCAUAUGAAAUUACAGAGAUUAAUCCCGGCUCUCCUUUUAUAGAAGAAAAUCAAGAAGGUGCCAAACAUUUGGCAGAGAAUUCAGCACACCAAAUUUCGGAUGCUACAAAAGAACUUCAAGGAAAGCCAGAAGGAAAAAGUGAAGAAAAAAAUUAUCUCAUUUGCCAGGAAUCAAGAGUCUGUGAAGAAGAAUCCAGAGAUGGGCUCCAGGAGAAAACUGCUAUUUUAAGUACUACAGAAUGUCAGGGAGAAAAAAAUGCCCCAUCCAAGCUUCGGGACGAAAACAUCAACAGCCCUACAGAAACAAAGGAGGAGCAAGGAAAGACACAGUUGAACGAGACCAGUGAGCAAAUGAAAGAAGAAACACUGUUAAAAGACAAUGAGAGCCUAACAGAAGAAGAUUGGGAAGGUGAAGAUGACGAAUUUCAACAGGAAAACAGUGCGGCGUCUCAUAAAAAGGGGCAAGAAAACAAUAAUAUCCAAGGCCUUCCUACCAGUCCCAGCUGUGCCUCUCAGACUGAGAAAUAUGAUGACCAACCAGGGGCCCUGAAAAAAAAUGAUAUCUCUCGGCACAGUUAUUCUCGUUAUAACACCAUAUCUUAUCGGAAGAUCCGGAAGGGAAACACUAAACAGAGAAUCGAUGAAUUUGAAUCCAUGAUGCAUUCAUAAACUGAGUCAGAGAAUCAAAUAGCCUUGCUAGGAUUCUUCCCUUCCAUCUAUCUCCACUCCAGAUGUUUCUCCAUCUACAAUAUCAACUUAUUGUAAAGUCUUUGGUGGCUUCAAUCCAACUAAAUGUAGUAGUCCUGACUAAUGGUAUAACAAGAGGCUCCCUUGCCACUUGGGAGUUAGCCACAUUGACCGCAUGAAGGUUUACUUCUAAAUAAAUAUAUACAUAAGAUCAGGAUGCAUGAUUGCAACCCUAUACACACUGAACUGGAAGAAGUCCUACUCAAUGAAAUGUAACUUACGAUGGCAAGUACGUACCUACAUAUCUGGCAACAAGCUUGUGGUCUGAUUUCAGGCCUACUGAUUUCAGUGGACUUAGAUGCAACUGAUUGUAGCUGGACCGGGGCCCAGUAUGUAUUGUUUGAUUAUAGACUUAAACAGUGUAACUACUUCUAUUUUAAAAUGACAGUUUUAGGGUUUAAGUCGAUAGUGCGAUCAAUUUAUCCUAAUUCGAUUUUAAAGAUAAAUUUCAAACAAAAUGUUUCUGUCCAUUUUUGGUACAUCAUUGAUACUUUGUUCUGUUUUAACAAGGGUGGUUGUUGUUGUUUUUUUGCCGGUUUUUCUAUAGCGCUAUCUUGCAUAAGUUCUCAUCAGCAUUUCAUGUCAGUCUUAAUAAAUUACAUAUACUGACUAAUUCAGCCCAGUAGCAUCUUUCUAAGAGAGUGAUCCACUUCACACUUAUUUGACAGCUAGAGUAUAGAAAACAGGAUGCUUUGAAAAUAUGACUCAUUGGGGUUCUAUCAACUACAGUCCUAUACACACCUAUCAUCAAGUGCAAUGGUUUUGAGGGCAGGACAAGAAGCAAUGGAUGGAAACUAAUCAAGGAGAGAAACAACCAUGAAAUCAUCUUUGGAGAACUUGGGGCACCUUAUAUGGUUUCCCCAAAAUACAGAUGACCACAAAAUGCCUUUCCUAAGAUAACCAGGCAAGUAGAUGCGUAUAACAGUUAUGUCUCUAUUCCAACCAUCUGAGAAAUGAACGGAAAUUAUGAAUGCUAAUUUUCAGGUUUAUCUUCUGAAGGUAUUCAACAGAUCGGCUGAGUUAACAGAC